AUGACAACCGGUAGUCCCACCAAGAUCAGCACGAAAGCCAUAGCUCAGGAAUUUUUGGACAGUUUCGAUACUUUCCUAUUCGACUGUGAUGGAGUUCUGUGGUUAGGAAGCCACUUAUUGCCUAGCAUCAAGGAGACCUUGGGCCUAUUGAACCAGCUAGGAAAGCAGCUGGUCUUUGUCACCAACAACUCUACCAAAUCCCGUGCGGCUUACACCAAGAAGUUUGCUUCUUUUGGGAUCGAUGUCAAGGAAGAUCAGAUUUUUACUUCUGGAUAUGCCUCUGCUGUCUAUGUCCGUGAUUUCCUCAAGCUAGAACCCGGUAAGGAUAAGGUUUGGGUCUUUGGUGAAAGUGGUAUUAGUGAAGAGUUGGCCUUAAUGGGUUUUGAGUCUCUUGGAGGAGUAGAUCCUAGAUUGGACGAGGCCUUCGACCAUAAGACUUCUCCUUUUUUGGUCAACGGAUUGGAUCCUAACGUGCGCUGUGUAGUCGCCGGUUUGGACACCAAGAUUAAUUACCAUCGUUUGGCUGUUAGUCUACAAUAUUUGCAACAAGAGGACAAGGUACAUUUUGUCGGAACCAAUGUGGACUCUACGUUCCCUCAAAAGGGCUUCAUUUUCCCUGGAGCGGGCUCCUGUAUCGCUUCACUUGCGUGUUCAUCUGGCAGGACCCCCAUCUACUGUGGUAAACCAAAUAUCAACAUGUUGAAUACUAUCGUUUCCGCAAAGAACCUCGAUAAGUCCCGCUGUUGCAUGGUUGGUGACAGACUUAACACCGAUAUCAGAUUUGGUGUCGAAGGUAAGCUGGGCGGAACUUUACUAGUUCUCACCGGUAUUGAAACCGAGGAAAGAGCGUUGGAGAAUACUGCUGAUCAUCCAAAUCCAAAGUUCUACGCAGACAAGUUGGGUGACGUUUAUGAAUUGACUCACUGA